CUGGGGAGCUGCGGUGGGCGCACCGCGGAGCGGCAGGAAUGCGGCUCUCUCCCGCCGGACAGCAGCAGCUACAGCAGCAGCAGCUCCUCCACACCGCGCGCCGCCGUCGAAAUGUCGUCGCCCUGCCGCCGCCGUCGCGAGGCGUCCGUUGCCGCCGUAGCGAUUAUCUGCGCGAGCGUGUUGUUGGCGCGAGGCUGCGCGCGUGCCGCCGUCGCCACCGCGGAGGACGACGAGGUCCUGCACGAAGACCAGCUCUCGGAGUUUUACAGAAAGGGUCUGUUUAUCCUGGAGAGCAUCCCCCUGAAGCGCUGCGUCACGGUGGAGCGCUCCAGCCUGGUGCUGCGGGACUGCGGGAGUCCCACGCGCCGCAUGCUGUGGAAGUGGGUGUCCCAGCACCGCCUGUUUAACCUGGGCGCCAGCUCCUGCCUGGGCCUCAACGCCUCGGACGCGGCGCAGCCCCUCGGCCUGUUCGAGUGCGACGGGACCCACCCGGUGCUGUGGUGGCGCUGCCGCCGGAACAUGCUGUACGGGGCGUCCCAGUGGAAGGUGAGCGUGUCCGGACGCUUGGUGGUGGUGAAGAAGAACAUUUACCACGAGUGGAAACGGUUCAACACCCCGAGAGAAGGCCCCUGUUCACACCCGUAUGAAGAUAUUCACACUCUGCUGGGAAACUCCCACGGGAUGCCCUGUGCUUUCCCCUUUAAUUACAACAACAAGUGGUACGCUGAGUGCACCACCGAGGGGCGCGAGGACCAUCUCCACUGGUGUUCCACCACCACUCGCUACGAUCAGGCAGAGCGAUGGGGCUUCUGUCCGGUGAAAGAUUUCAGCUGUGACCACUUCUGGGAGUCAAACCAGGAGCUGGGGGCCUGCUACCAGUUCAACUUGUACACCAUCCUUACCUGGAGUCAGGCACUGUCUACCUGCCAGGCUCAAGGGGGAAACCUGCUCAGCAUCACCAGCCUGGCAGAACACAGGUAUAUAAGAGAUCGACUGUCAAGCGUGGGAGCAAUGGUAUGGAUCGGGCUGAACCACCUUAAGGAUGGAAGUGGAUGGGAGUGGUCUGACCGAGCACCUCUCUCACUGGUGAAUUUCACCACAGCUCUGCCUGCCAGCCCUCUACAGGACAACAGACAGUGCGGCGUGUACAACUCGGCUUACGAAGGACACUGGCAGAGCCUCGCCUGUGAGUCGGCGCUGCCCUACAUCUGCAAAAAGACCCCCAACCAGACGCGCAGGGCGGAGCCGCUAGAGAAUUGGCAGUAUAUCCACACUGAGUGUGCUGAAGGCUGGUGGCCUCAUAACGGUUUUUGCUACCGUGUGCUGACGGAAACUGAAGCUGGGAGCUGGGAGAAGUCGUCCCAGGCUUGUAACUCCCAGGGGGCAAACCUCACCAGCCUCCACUCUCUGUCGGAAGUGGAAGCGCUCAUCAUCCUAUUGGCUAACUUGUCUGGGGAGAGUGGGGAGUUCUGGAUUGGUCUUCGGAAACAGGCGUUGUCACCAGCUGUCCAGUGGUCAGAUGGCUCACCAGUAACUCUCACUCUCUGGCACCAGUAUCACCCUGUUCACAACCUGACGGAUGCAGCUCUCUGUGCCAAAGUUAACAGAGAGAAAGGUAACUGGCUGUUGGCCUCGUGUGAAGAGCGCCUGCCUGCUGUGUGCCGAAGAGAUAGCCAGAAGCCUGUUACCCGUGAGCCCUGGGACGAAGGAUGUCCUGAGGGGUGGAGGCGACAUGGCCAUUCUUGUUACACAGUGACCACCCAUGAACAAAGCUACGAAGAUGCUUUGAUGGGAUAUUACUGCAAGGCGCCGCUCCUUAUUGUGAAUGACAGAUUCGAGCAGGCAUUUGUCAACAGUUUGUUGAGUGCAAGUGGAGCCAACAGCAGCAUGUAUUACUGGAUCGGCCUCAUGGACCAGGAGAGUGAGGGGGAGUACAGCUGGCUUCCACACAAUGGCUCCGCUCUGCCUCUCACCUUCACAAACUGGAACAAACACCAGCCAGUCAGUACCGGUGGAUGUGUGGCCAUGUCAGGUGGACCAGCUCUGGGUCACUGGGAGGUGAAAGACUGCAAGUCCCACAAGGCCCUGUCAGUGUGUGAGCAGAGUGUCAGCAGCUACCAUGAGGUGCAGCUGCCAGAGCACCACAUUGAUGCUUACGCCCCCUGUCCUCCAGGCUGGGAAUCACAGCCCGAGCUGCUCCUCUGCUUUAAGGUGUUCCACGAUGAGAAGAUUCUGAUUAAGCGCUCUUGGAUGGCGGCGGACUUCUUCUGCCAGGCCCUCGGGGCUCAGCUGGCCAGUUUCCAGCACUAUAAGGAGCAGCUUUUUGUACAGCACCUCCUCAGUACCAUGUUUGAAGGAACAGAGGGUCGCUGGUUCUGGGUAGGUUUAAAUAAGAGAGACCCUGAACAUCUUGGAGUUUGGGAGUGGUCUGAUGGUUCUCCAGUGGUGACAUCUUUUAUCGAGGACAAGAACGAGGAGGAUGACAGAAGGGACUGUGCUGUUUACAGCGACCUGACCAACGCUCUCAUGCCACAGCCCUGUGACACCAGACAUGAAUGGAUUUGCAAGAUUUCCAGAGGUGAUAAACUGAAGAAACCGUACUGGUAUACUGAGCAGAGCGAGCCCUGGGUGUUUUACCGUGGAGCCGAGUACCUGCUGGCCAAGCAGCCCUUCAAUUGGCACUCUGUUUCUCUGGCCUGUCAGAUGAUGGGAGCCCACCUGCUGUCUAUUCACUCAAGAGAGGAGCUCCACUUUGUCAAGGAGCGCUUGCGGCGGCUCUCCUUGGGCCCAACUGACUGGUGGAUUGGCCUGUCCUUUGGCCCACCUGGAGCGGAAGUCAGGUGGAGUGACCGGACAGAAAUAGACUUCCAAAACUGGGCCGAUGGGGGUUUUCACAGCGGCCAGAGAAAAAACGGGAUGUGCGUGGGGAUGUCCUCCUCAACAGGGAAGUGGUCGACGAGUAAGUGCGGCGACCUCCACGGCUACGUGUGCAAAAGAAAGACGGUGUCUCCGCUGGAGACCCCCAGGGAGCCACACUACAUCGGAGGAUGUCCGGCGAGAUGGCUGUACUUCGGGCAUAAGUGUCUUCUGCUUCACCUCCCUGGCAGCCCAAAUGAGGGAAAGAGUUGGAAAGAUGCCCAGUCCAUCUGCUCCUCAUUUGAGGGCACCCUAGUUGCCAUAGAAGAUGAGAUUGAACAAGCCUACAUCACCAUGUUGCUCCAGGGCAGCUCCGUAGGUGUGUGGAUUGGCUUGAGGGAUGAGGACACCAUGAAAUGGACCAAUGGGAAAGCAGUUAGCUACACCAACUGGUCUCCUAUUGAACCAAAGAGCUACCUCACUGAGGAUGAGUGGCUGGCUGGCUUUGCUGAUGAACCUCUGUGCACUGUUCUGUCCAACAACCACAACUUUCACUUAACUGGCAAAUGGUACGAUGAGAAGUGUAGCGAGAGCGGGUAUGGAUUUGUCUGUGAAAAACCUCAAGACAUUUCCAUACCCCCCACCCACUCAUAUCACCACCCACUUCCUGACAAUAUUGAAUACAGGAGCCGCAGCUAUAAGGUUGUAUCUGGCAACAUGAGCUGGUACGAUGCGAUGCUUAUGUGCAUAGAGAAUGAUGCUGACCUAGUGAGUGUUACAGAUGCCUACCACCAGGCUUUCCUUACUGUCCUUGUCAAUAGAUUGGCAGCGCCAUACUGGAUCGGACUGUAUAGUCAAGACAGCGGCAUCAACUAUCUCUGGUCAGAUGGCAGUGACACAGUGUACACGCACUGGGCUGACGACGAUGACGACUAUGUGACUGGAGAGUGUGUUUACAUGGACGUGAACGGAGGCUGGCGGAGAGCGGAGUGUGAAACGGUGCUACCAGGAGCGCUGUGCCACGUUCUCCCGCCAAGCAGUAAACCAUUCGUUUCUUAUGAGACACCCUGUCCUUCCACCUGGGUGAAGUUUGGACAUGGCUGUUAUAACUUUGAGCCAGUGGUGGAAAAACUGACUUUUGAGGAAUCAAGAGAACACUGCAGACAUAAAGUCAACACCUCAGACGUCCUGACCAUUGAGAGUGAGACGGAGAACCGCUUUGUUCUGGAGCAGCUGUGGUCGUUGGGGUUCGUUCACCAGACUGUUUGGUUGGGGCUGCACUUCAACAUUGACACUGACUCUCUGGCCUGGGUGGACGGCUCCCCAAUAGACUACACCAACUGGGCCUACAAAGGCCCAGACACCAGACUGCUGACGGCAGACGCUUGUGUUACCACCAGGGUGGCUGAUGGUGUUUGGCACCUGUCAAAAUGCACAGAGCGGCUCGGCUUCGUCUGCAAAACCAUCUCAGAUGUAGCUGCUGAGGUGGAAGUGGAACCACUAAACGGUUUACACCACGGCGUCGUCCCGGCUGCGGUGCUGGUGGCCGUACUGAUCUUUGCCCUGCUGGCAGGGACAGUGUGGUUUCUGUACAAGAGGAACUCUGCUCGUUUUCGGAGGCUCCCCACGCUGGGCAGCGCCUAUUACAGACAAACUGGCUCUCAAGCUACAGAGUCGGAUGGGAACGUGUUGAUCACAGACUUGGAGGCUCACUCGGGAGAAUAG